AUGUCUGAUCAAACGGACGGUAACCAGGACAAACUAACACAGAAAUUCCAAAAUUCCUCUUUAAACGAUGCUAGUCAACAGAAUGUAGAACAGCAAAGUUAUCAAAAUGGAUACAAUCCAGUUAAUGCUUCAACAUUUGUUCCUCAACAGAACUACUAUCAAGGUGGAUACCAAGGUUAUGGUGCUUACAACCCUCAAAAUUCAUAUGGAGCAUAUAACCAACAAGAUGUGUACCUGAACUACAAUACUCAAGGUACAUAUAAUGGCUAUGGUAAUACUAGGGGAGGCUACAAUAAUCAAGGCAAUAGAGCAGGUUACAGCGCUUAUGGUAACAGAGGAUAUAAUAGUUUUGAAGCAACCCAGCAACCUCAACAACCGCAAGGAAUGUCAUUAGCCGACUUUCAAAAACAAAAGUCUGCGUCAUCAAUUCCAGCCACCAAGCCUAAGAAAACCUUGAAGUUGGCAGGUUCAAAAGGUAUAACCUUAGCAAAUGCCAAGAAGGUUCCUCAGAAGGAGAAAGCUCUUGAAACUGAAAACAAAACUGAAGAAAAAUCGGAGGAGAAGCCUGAAAAAUCUACGAAGGAGGAGGCUAGUAGUGAUACUGCUACUACUGCUGCUACCGAUGUAAAAAUUUCUAGCAAAGAAAACUCAUCCCAACUCGAGGAAGGAAAACCUCUGAGUUCUACAAGUAAGGAAGCCGGUUCUGAGUUGAAGACUGAAAGGACCAAAACUCCAACACCAUCUUCUGGAAUUGCGGCAGCAGAGCCUUUAGUAAAGGACCAAGAGGAUGAAGUCGAUGAAGAGGUUGUCAAAGAUUUAUUUGGCGGUAAAGACCAUGUCUCGAUCAUUUUCAUGGGCCAUGUUGAUGCGGGUAAGUCAACAAUGGGAGGAAAUAUUUUAUACAUGACAGGUUCUGUUGAUAAAAGAACAGUUGAGAAAUAUGAAAGAGAAGCCAAGGAUGCGGGUAGACAAGGCUGGUAUUUAUCAUGGGUGAUGGAUACCAAUAAAGAGGAAAGAAAUGAUGGUAAAACCAUUGAAGUUGGAAGAGCAUACUUUGAAACUGAUAAGAGAAGAUACACAAUUUUGGAUGCUCCUGGUCAUAAGAUGUAUGUUUCAGAAAUGAUUGGAGGUGCUUCUCAAGCUGAUGUUGGUAUUUUGGUUAUUUCAGCCAGAAAAGGGGAGUACGAAACGGGAUUUGAAAAGGGUGGACAGACCAGGGAACACGCAUUAUUAGCCAAGACUCAGGGUGUGAAUAAAAUAAUCGUUGUUGUCAAUAAGAUGGAUGAUCCGACCGUCAACUGGUCUCAAGAUCGUUACAAAGAUUGUACUACCAAAUUGGGUAUGUUUUUAAAAGGAAUUGGUUAUUCUAAGGAAGAUGUUACUUUUAUGCCAGUUUCCGGUUACACGGGUGCUGGGUUGAAAGAUAGAGUCAAUCCAAAAGACUGUCCCUGGUAUAAAGGGCCCUCUUUAUUGGAAUAUUUGGAUAAUAUGAAAACGGUCGACCGUCACAUUAAUGCGCCUUUCAUGUUACCAGUUUCAGGUAAGAUGAAAGAUAUGGGUACUAUUGUCGAAGGUAAAAUAGAAUCUGGUCAUAUCAAGAAAGGUAGUAAGUUAUUAAUGAUGCCUAAUAAAGACUCUAUUGAAGUCAUAGUUAUUUAUAAUGAGACUGAGCAAGAAUGUGAUGCCGCGUAUUGUGGAGAACAGGUUAGAUUAAAGAUAAAGGGGGUCGAAGAAGAAGAUAUUCAACCAGGAUACGUGUUAACAUCUCCACAAUUUCCAGUGAAAACUGUUACCAAAUUUGAGGCCGUGAUAGCAAUCGUUGAAUUAAAGUCUAUCUUAUCCAACGGAUUCUCCUGCGUAAUGCAUUUACAUGCUGCAAUUGAAGAAGUCACGUUUGUUGAAUUGAAACAUAAGUUCAAAAAGGGUACAAACAAAAAAUCUAAAGAGCCACCUGCCUUUGCCAAGAAGGGAAUGAAGAUUGUUGCCGUGUUAGAGACUAAUGAACCCAUUUGUGCAGAGACGUACAAAGAAUACCCUCAAUUAGGAAGAUUUACUUUAAGAGAUCAAGGUGCAACCAUAGCAAUUGGUAAGAUCACAAAGCUUUUGUAA